AUGUUCCCUUGUUCAAAAUGCUCUACAUCGAUUAACAGAGUGACGGAGUCGGAUCAUCUUGAGAACGAAUGUGAAGCCAAUUUCACGACUUGUGAUUUAUGCGAUAAUGACUUGAUACCGCAGAAACUUUUAAACAAGCACAAGGAUAAUUGUUCGAAAACAGGUGUACUCGUUUGCCCGGCUAGAGAAAUCGGAUGUACCUGGAUCGGCCAUAAUCAGCCCUCCUUGGAGAAUCAUACAGCCAAGGGUAAUUGUUCGCUUUUCCAAAUCUUACCGCAUUUUGAAAUGCUCGAAGAGAAGAUCAAGCUGCUAUCUUCAGAUAAUAGGUACUUAAAGGAUUCGAUAAAUAAAGUACUUGACUCUGUCAUGCUGGGCCGAGUCACUAAUCUCGGUUAUUGUGAACCGAUUGAAGAGAUCGGUGGCUCUAUAGGAGACGACGGAAAGGAGGCUUAUCUCAGGCUUCGUUGUGAGUUCGAGCGUCACAAGUUGGAAGUUGAGGAAAAGCUUGUUCCCUUCGUUGAGAGGGAGCGAAAUGCCGUCACCGAGAGGGAAAAUCUAGUGAAUUCGCUUGUGAACGAAAAUUUCGUCAUCAAAGACGAAUUGAAUCUACAGAGAGGGCUUGUGAACAGCCUCAGGAAACAGGUUCAAUUUCUCCUUUUUCAGCGGCGGCCUCAGAUACACUUUUCAGAAAGCGACGAAUCCUACAUCGAUGUGCUGUCCCGCUCAAGCUCGGAGGAGCGGCUUAAUCUCAAACUCUAA